GACUGUUUUUGCAGUCCGAGUUGAAGUGUCCGUUUGUGUUACUUUCACGGCCGUAAUAUUUUAUUUAGAAAAAAAGAGGCAUCGAUGGCGACAGAGCACCAACAAGGAGCUCCUUCAGUUGUUGAUCGUUAUUAUACCCGUUGGUAUAAAACAGAUUUGAAGAGUAAGCCAUGUGAAGACCAGUGUGUUCUGCAGCACUCUAAUAGAAUUUGUGUCAUCACACUUGCAGAAUCGCAUCCAAUUUUACAAAAUGGAAGGCAAAUCAAGAGCAUAAAUUACCAGAUCAGCGCCAACUGCAGCAGGCUACAAAACAAGGUUUCUGGGAAGUCAAAGCGGGGUGGACAGUUCCUUACAGAGCUUGCACCCCUGUGUAGAAUAACAUGCACAGAUGGAGAGGAAUAUACAGUUUUUAGUUGUAUCAGAGGACGCCUGUUAGAAGUCAAUGAAGACAUUCUUACGAAUCCUAGUCUAUUGCAGGAAAAGCCAUCCACAGAAGGCUACAUUGCAGUUGUGUUGCCUAAAUUUGAAGAAAGUAAAAGUGUAACCCAAGGACUGCUGACCCAGACAGAGUAUGAAGAUAUUCUUUCUAAAAGAAGGAGCACAAACCCUGAGCCAUGCUGAUGAAGGGACUGCAGGCUGGGCUGCUGUACUGUGGUUGCCUGUCUUGUACAGUUGGAGGGAAUACCAGGAGUUGUGUACAACAAAUAGCUUGAUUGUUUAUUGGCUUUAAAAACAGCUUUUAAAGGCUAGUAUUGCAGUUAAGACUAAAUAAGGAGAGGUGCGGGGGUUUAUUCAGUUGGUGUAAAUACAGUCAUGGUUUAAACCAUCGCUCUGUUUGGUUUAAAAUAUCUUGGUACACAAAGAGCCCGCUGUCUUUGAAAGGUUGUGGAUUUGUAUGCUGUCAAAGGUUAUUUUGGUUGCCGACCUGACAACAUGAAAAUAAAUGGUUAAAACACCAUGUGUAUUGGUGUGAAAAGCUGAUCUCUGUUUUAGAGUAGGAAAGCGGGCAAUACCAUAGGUGGCUUGAGGAUUAAUGAAUUGCGUUUUAUUUAAAAAAUAUAAUAUUACAGGUUUGUUAGAGAAAUGUAAAAAAAAAAAAAAAAAAAAA